CGAUAAAACACCUUAGGGCACUCUUUCUACAACCAGCAUUUUGCUGCAAAAUUCUUUCUUCAACAUGAAAAUAAGAAUGUUGGUCCAACUUCCGGCUGCAGCUAAGUAAUUCGCAGAGCUGCAGCUUCCGGCAGAUGCUGAAUAAUUUGCGAUAUUUAAGUUUUGUCUGUUCUGACCGUAAUUUUUUCUGCUUCGCCUCCACUAAAAUGACCAGAAAGAAAAUAACCUUGUCGUUUUCCGGAUGCGGGUUUAUGGGAAUUUACCACACGGGAGUAAUUCGGUUCUUGCGGGAGUGUGAAGAUUACAUUGAAGUAGACAAAGCCGCCGGUUGUUCGGCUGGCGCUAUGGCUGCUGUCGGUCUACUAUGCCGACCUUUUGACAGGGACUUGCUACUGGGCAUUAUGGAUGUUGCACGUGCCACGCGUGCCCAUCCGCUGGGUCCACUGAAUCCGCGCUUCAGCCUAGCCAAAGCCAUUCGGCGGGCUCUGACACACAUGCUCCCAUCGAACGCCCAUGAGAUGUGUCGCGACCGGCUGCGAUUGUCGGUGACCCGCUGCUACGACGGGAAGGGUGUUGUGCUCAACAAUUUUGCCAGCCGGGAAGAACUCAUUGAUGCUGUCGUUUGCUCAUCGUUUGUUCCAUUUAUUUCCGGCAUCGUUCCACCGCUGUACAGAAACACCUAUUACUGGGAUGGCUUCCUUACCGACAAUCUGCCCAUUUACGAUGAGCGCUCCAUUACGGUAUCCCCGUUCUCAGGCGAAAGUGAUAUUUGCCCGUUGGAUGCAUCGUCAGCGUUUCUAGACAUCUACUUCUCCAACCAUCAUAUCCGCCUUACCGCCAAAAACUUUUUCCGUUUCUCCGUAACACUGUAUCCCUCCUCCCCGGAAAUCCUGGAAAAAAUUUACUGGGAAGGAUAUCAGGAUGCCAGACGCUACAUCAAAGAUAUCAUUUUGGGUGAUAUGGACAUUCCCCGACCGGUGGAUCGUCAAAAUCGUUCUGCCUAUCACGAGUCCGCGGCUAACAGCGCAAAUGAAGGGCAGGAUCAGCCACGUAAUUUACAACGACGGACCAUUAAUCGGCAACCCGACCCGCUAUCCGAAGAAUUUGGCCGAGCUAGCAACCAAUUCGUCUGUCUGCUGCACUUGAUCAAAUGUAUGACGCUCCCGUGGAUCCUUCCACUGGAAGUGAUGUAUGUGAUUAUGAUUACCGUCGUCAGCGCCCUGUUGCAUCCGCGAAGAGCCGUUCGGGAGGGAUAUCUUCUCUUCCACGUUACAGUUGCGAUGCUGUUGGGAUAUGAUAAGCAGCAGCGCAACAAGCGAAGGCUAAGGCACAUUCGGCAUUUCGUCAGCUUUGUUGAUAUCAUCGCCAGAAAACUUAUCGGACCGCUGCACGAUGAUAACAAUGCACUGGAGUCCUCGCUGGCGCCAGCAGCUUAAUGUUCUUUACUGUGAUAUAUGUAGUUUCGCAAUACAGAGCUGUUCAAGGCUAAUGAUUAUUUAUUUUUAAAAUAUUCUGAUCGAGAGCUUUUGCCUGACAUAGCACAGAACCUGCCUUCUGUCUAUUUCUGAGGGACACCGGCAACUGCUUUUCACACAAUACAUAGAUAUUUGUACUCGUACAAUCUGCAAUGACGAAUGAGAGUCUCAAGUUCUUAU